AUGGCACACGGCGGGGCUCAAGGUUACGCACGCGUUUCCUCCGACUCCUGCAUCUACACGCGGAGGCAGAUUCCAAGCGAUGAUGAGGUGGAUCCCCACUUUGAAAUUGUGGGCCUGGAGGAAAGGGACAUUGACACGGAUGAGGACCACGAGCAUGGCAAGAUGUACUCGUCCUUGUGCCAUGUAGCUCGGUCGGGAGAUGACAGUGAUGCAACUGAUGAAGGACCGUCCCCGCCUAGGAUGGCCCUGAAGGCCCUGUCUAAGACAAAGAAGCGACUCCCGAAACGAUCCGAGCUACAACGCUACAAGCUCACACGGGUCCUCCCGGUGGCUUGGAAUGCACCAGCGCGAGUGCUGUGCGUCACGCGUCGGCACCUUCGCAAGGGAAAGUAUGUCGACUUCCUGGGCGAGUACCACCUAGACCUGAUCCAAGAGAACGGAGGUGCCGCCAUCAUGAUCCCCCGAACUGCACUGACGGUACCCGCGCUUGCCGAGUACUUGCCAAUGGAUGGCUUGCUCGUUGUAGAGGGCAACGACAUCUCCGACGAGAUCCUCAGCAAGUAUGGCUGCUGCGCGCCCGACCGCCUGGACGGAGAAGACGCCAUGAAGUGGGCCAGCGAUACUGAGUUCGAUGUCUCCAAGGAUGAGCUCGAGUUCGCGCUGAUGCGCCUGGCCCUUGGCUCUGGUUGUCCUAUCCUUUCCCUGUGCCGUGGCUCGCAGAUGCUCAACGUGCUCAGAGGCGGGACACUGAUCGGCGACAUUGAGACGGAAGUUCCGGAUGCAUUGGUACACCUUAAGGAUGCGAGUGAUCCAACCUACGACAGCCACCGUCAUCCGAUCCGAGUCUUGCCAGACACCCCGCUUGCAUCCUGGUUCGCGAAGUCACUUGUUGACACGGAUGAGCUCAGUGUGAACUCUUACCACCACCAAGGCAUCAAAACCUUGGGAAAGGGCUUGAAGCCAAUGGCCUAUGCCCCUGAUGGCAUACUUGAGGGAUUCUACGACUCGCGCUACAAUCCGUCGCAGGGGCGCUUCAUCGUCGGUUUGCAGUUCCACCCCGAGCGGAUGAUGGAGGACUACCCUGGAUGCAAGAUCGUCUACGAGGAUUUCCUGACAGCUUGCAAGAAUUUUAGAGUUGACAAAAACUUUUAG